AUGGUCCUCCUCCUUCCCCAAAGGCCAACGCCAAAAUCAAAGCUCCUCAUGCCAACCGUAGUACCAGUACUGAUGAUGGCACUGCUGUUCCUCCUCGUACGAGGAGCAGUGGUCGCCGGUGGCCCAGGAGUCCUGCCUGGCUGCCCAGAAGCCUGCGGCAGCAUCGCCAUCCCCUACCCUUUCGGUAUCGGCCUAGGCUGCUCCCGCCUGGGCUUCAACCUCACCUGCGACGAGACGCAAGAUCCACCCACACUCUUCAUGGGCGACAGCGUGGAAGUGGACGCCAUCUCCCUGGCGGACGGCACGGUGCGAGUCCGGACCCUGAUCAUGGACGGCUCCUUCUCUGUGAACCUGACCGCCCUAGCGGCGGCGGGCGUCGGGAAGCCAUCUCUCAACUCCAGUGGCUUGUGGUCCGGUGGGCUAACGGGCACCGGCGUGCAGCAGCUCGCCGUGUCCACCCGGCACAAUGUCUUCGUGGCCAUCGGAUGUCACUUCAUCGCCCACCUCGUUGGCGAUUCCGACACUGCGACAACUGGCAGAGGAAGCAAUGGGGUUCCCCAUCCCAUGUACUACGUCAGCGCAUGCGCCGUGCUGUGUGAAACCGAUGAUCAUUCAUCCUGGGGCGACCCGUGCUCUGGCUUCGGAUGCUGCCAGACGACCAUCGGGCGGGGCUUACCCGCGUAUGGGUUGUUGUUCAAGGAUUUGGACCAGGCUAAUGGUUCAGCUGUGGGCGCGUUCAUAUUCGAUCGCGAGUGGUUCAGCGGGAUUAAUGUAUCCGCAUCCAUGGACAUCCCUGGCAUGCGGUGGAAGGAUGUCCAUGCCUACGUCCAUGGAGAUGGUAUAUAUCCGCGUCCCAAGGUGCCCACCGUGCUGGAAUGGUGGCUGGACGUAGAAAGAGACCGUGACUUGCUCGUGUUCGAUGAACCCCUUUCAGGUCAGAGAUGCAUAAGCUUGAACAGCUUGGCUUUCGACGUUUCCUAUGGCUCAGGCACAGGGUACAUCCUAAGGUGCCACUGCUCCGAUGGAUACCAAGGCAACCCUUACCUUGUUGAUGGAUGCCAAGAUAUCGACGAGUGCCAACAACCAGCUUAUCCAUGCGUGGACGGGACAACCUGCAUCAAUAUGCCAGGGGCAUACCUAUGCCGAGAAAAGAAAGGUUUCAUUAAGCUCUCAGGUUUAAUUACCGUAGUUGCAAUUAGUGGUGGUUUGUGGUUACUGCUUUCACUCUUGGGUGUUGCAAAAAUCAACAAUAAACUCAAGCAACAGAGAGUCAAGAAGUCAAGACAAAAAAAUUUCAAGAAAAACCAUGGGUUGCUUCUACAACAGUUAAUCUCUUCAAACAAAGAUAUAGCCGAGAGAACAAAGCUUUUUAGCUUGGAAGAACUGGGGCAAGCAACCAACAAAUUUCAUCCUAAUCGCAUCCUUGGCGGUGGUGGUCAUGGCACAGUGUACAAAGGCAUCUUAUUUGAUCAACGUAUUGUGGCCAUCAAGAAGGCCAAAAUUGUGGUUCAGAGCGAAAUCGACCAAUUCAUCAAUGAGGUUGUCAUACUUUCCCAAACAAACCAUAGGAAUGUGGUGAAGCUCUUUGGUUGUUGCCUUGAGGCAGAAGUUCCUCUACUAGUAUAUGAGUUCGUAUCGAAUGGAACUCUCUCCUUCCAUCUGCAUGGACAAACUGAGAACCAUCUGUCAUGGCAAGAUAGGUUGAGGAUUGCAUUGGAAACUGCAAGGUCCAUUGCAUAUCUCCACUCUGCUGCCUCCAUAUCAGUAUACCAUAGAGAUAUCAAAUGUGCAAACAUACUACUUACCGAUACUUUAACAGCAAAAGUAUCGGAUUUUGGAGCUUCAAGGUCACUCGCAAUAAACGAGACAGGAAUACUGACAGCAGUCCAAGGAACUUAUGGUUACCUCGAUCCUGAAUACUACUACACUAGCCGACUCACGGAGAAGAGUGAUGUUUACAGCUUCGGUGUUAUCCUAGCAGAGCUACUAACAAGGGUGAAACCUGUUUUUUCUUCUCGUUCGUCAGAACAAACAAGCCUAGCAUCAUAUUUUGUGUCACUUAUAAGAGACAACCGCUUGUUAGAUAUUCUAGAUUCAAAAAUUGUUGAAGAGGGCGCGGUUGAUGACGCCAAGAUCAUUGCAAGACUCGCAGAAGCAUGCUUAAGUUUAAAAGGUGAAGAAAGGCCUACAAUGAGGCAAGUGGAGACAACACUUGAAGAUGUGCAUAACUCAAAGGCCCAUCUCAAUUCUCAGACUACAAGGGUGAACCAAAAUGUUGUAAAUGAUCUUUCAUACAAGGGAAUCAAAGCCAAUGAUGGAACUAGACUGUACAGCUUGGAAAAAGAGUUCAUCCAAUCAUCUGAAAUUCCUAGAUGA